GACUUGUGAAUGCAAUAUUCCGGUGUGCUAAGAUGGUGGCUAAAGAUGGGGCCUUACUGCCUUAGAUGAAAGUGAAGAUAUUGCCAGGAACCGGCGGCAUCCCAUUACCUCUGCGUCGUAAUCUAUGCAUCGACAUCAGGAUACGUCUUGAAGAAAACGGUCCCACUUCGCUCAUAAGUAACCAAUGUAGGUUCUUAUUGCCUGUUGUUUCAUCGUCCGCACUCUGUCAUGAUCCUACUGUAACAGGUACUGGCGACAAAUUGGCAGAACAUGCAUUCGAGGUAAUUUCGUGAUAAGUGGUACCGGGCUUCGACGGGUCCGAGGAGUCCCCGUAUAACAUAUUGGCCUCGUUGGGCUCAAACGUCCAUUCAAGUACCCGAAGUCAUAGGGUCCUGGGGAACUCCGAGAAGCGCGGUCAAAACGCCCAACGAGGGUGCCCAAAGUUUCCUUCCUGUGGCUCAUCCCAAAGAAAGAGAAUGGGCAAAGCUUUGGCCGAUGGAUUGCUCGCCUCUAAUCCCUGUCAAAUACCGCCUUCGUUUUGUUCAUUCCUCAGCUUCUUCUUCCAAGCUGCUUGCUGGAUGGGACCUGCUGAGACUCGCAGUCGUGGCCUCUGACCGUCUAUUUCCGUUGACCGUCGAUGAUGUCUUCGCUGGAAGCCUCGGUGUUUGCGCUCCAUCCCCUCUCAACCCGAAGCGUUUGACAGCCUCGUUCUCAAGCACCACUCGAUUUCAACAGUCCGUUUGACAGCGGACCGUCUGAUGGUGCCGUCCCUUCUACUAAUAGUCUCUGUCUUCCGUGUUUUGGGCUUCUCCUUGGAUCACGGAACCUCCGCCGUCCAUCGGACAUGUGUAUCCCUAUCUUGACGCUCCACGGUCACCCGUUAGGAAGCAGUGCGAUAUUAACCUCCACCCUGCGCUGGCCGUCUCGCCCUGACGGACUCCCUGCCCUGCCACCCCC